AUGUCCACUGAGAUGGAGGUUGACCCUCCUGUCGCACACGACGAGGUUCCCGAUCAGUCUGACCGCAGUUUUGAGCCACGCACUCAGGGAAACGCAGUCGCUGUGCGCAGUAUCGAGGGAUGGAUUAUCAUUGCGUCUAAUAUCCACGAAGAAUCAUCAGAGGAAGAUGUCACUGAGCUUUUUGCGGAGUAUGGAGAAAUCAAAAACUUCAGCUUGAACCUUGAUCGGCGAACAGGUUAUGUCAAGGGAUACGCAUUGAUUGAAUACUCGACACUCCCCGAGGCUAGUGAGGCCAUCCAGAAUUUGAACGGCUACAAGCUUCUCGAACAAACCCUCCACGUUGAUUACGCUUUUGUGCGCCCGCCUCCAUCUGGCAAGAACAAGAAUGGCGCACCGAAGGGUCGGGCCGGCCGCAAUCGUAGCCGCAGCCCCAACCGCAGCCGUAGCCCUGAAGCUGGCGAUGAUCGGGACUGA